AAAGGGAAGUGACGUGGACUUACUAGAGACGCGGAAAGGCUAAGAUGGCGCCGAUUGGGCUGAAGGCGGUCGUCGGGGAAAAAAUUUUAACUGGAGUAAUCAAGAAUUUGAAGAAGGACGGAGAAUGGAAGGUGCUACUAGUGGAUCACCUGAGUAUGAGGAUCUUGUCUUCCUGCUGCAAGAUGUCAGACAUAAUGGCAGAAGGCAUAACCAUUGUCGAAGAUAUCAAUAAACGGCGGGAACCGAUUCCAAGUUUGGAAGCUAUCUACUUGAUCACACCAUCAGAAAAGUCUGUGCGAGCCUUGAUUAAUGACUUCAAAGACACUCCAACGUUUAUGUACAAAGCAGCCCAUGUGUUCUUCACUGACACCUGCCCCGGGUCCCUGUUUACAGAGCUUGGAAAAUCACGAUGCACAAAAGUCAUAAAAACCCUCAAAGAAAUACAUGCGUCUUUUCUUCCUCUUGAAUCCCAGGUGUUCUCACUGGAUUCAAUGGAUUCGUUUUAUCACCUCUUCAACUCUCACACAGCAAAUAGCAACAGUGCCUUGCUGGAGGAUAUGGCUGAACAGAUAGCAACAUUAUGUGAAACGCUGAAGGAAUACCCAGCUGUGAGAUACAGGAAGGGCCCAGAAAUCAAUUCAGCUCUGGCAAAUCUAAUUCAUGAUAAACUGAAUGCAUACAAGGCUGACAAUCCCAGCAUGGGGGAGGGUCCUGAAAAGUCGCGUUCGCAACUGUUGAUACUCGACCGGGGUUAUGACUGUGUGUCACCAAUACUGCAUGAGCUUACCCUCCAGGCAAUGGCCUAUGAUCUACUGUCGAUUGAUCAAGAUAUAUAUUCAUAUGAAACUGCAGGUGUCGCAGAGUCACGUGUUAAAGAAACUCUUCUGGAUGAGGACGAUGACCUCUGGCUGAAGCUGCGUCACAUGCACAUUGCUGAUGUCUCCAAGCAAGUGACAGAGUUAUUGAAGACAUUCUGUGAAAGCAAAAGGAUGACAACUGAUAAGGCAAAUCUGCGGGACCUUUCUCAAAUGCUGAAGAAAAUGCCGCAAUAUCAAAAGGAACUCAGCAAAUACUCAACACACUUGCACUUAGUUGAAGACUGUAUGAAGCACUUCAAAGGCACAGUGGAGAAGAUGUGCAAAGUGGAGCAGGACCUGGCAAUGGGGACUGACUCGGAGGGAGAGAAGGUCAAAGACCCAAUGAAGAUAAUUGUGCCGAUUUUACUGGAUACAAACAUCAAAUCCUAUGACAAGAUCAGGAUUAUCCUUCUGUAUAUCUUCCUCAAAAACGGGAUCACAGAGGAGAACAUAACCAAACUUGUACAGCAUGCAAACAUCCAGGAAGACAGCAGUAUCAUCCAAAAUGUUCAGAACCUAGGCACUACCAUCAUAACUGGAACUGGAUCACCCUCAAAGUCAAAAGUAGAAAGAAAAUUACGAACAGAGUCAACUUACCAGCUCUCCAGGUGGACACCAGUCAUUAAAGAUAUUAUGGAGGAUGCUACAGAAGAAAAGCUUUGCAAAAAGCAGUGGCCGUAUGUCUCAGACCCCACUCCAACAACAGCAACUCAGACAGCAGUGAGCGCCCGCUUCGGUCAUUGGCACAAGAGCAAGACUCCAACAGAGUACAGAACUGGACCCCGUCUCAUUGUUUUUGUUAUCGGAGGCAUUGCCAUGUCUGAGAUGCGCUGUGCCUAUGAAGUAACAAAGGCCACUGACAACAAAUGGGAGGUGUUAAUCGGUUCCACUCACAUCCUCACUCCAGAAAAGUUCCUGGACAGUCUGAAGGAUUUAGACAAGCCUUUGGAGACCCAAAGCUGAAACAACUGUUGGAUGUUCUCGUCCCUUCAACAGCUCAUAGUUUUCCAACUGUAAUUAAACCCACCAGAAAAGUGAAUGUGACUUUAAAUCAACUGGUUGUAUGUUAAGCUCACAGAGAUAGAUGUAAUUAUUUAUUUAUCCUUCAAUUAAAGUUUACAGUUGUAUCCUUAAUUGUCACACAUGGGUACCAUCAGUGCUAAUUCACUUGCCAUUUUGUAAGCUUCCCAUUGGUUCUUGUUCUUCCACCUCAACCCCCCCAAAACCACCAACAGAAACAAAAUGCCCAUGCCACUUGGAUUGUGAUUCAUUAAAUGCUGCCAGCCCUCAUCCAGUUUGUACACACCCAUCCUUGGAAUAAAGAUCGGUUGUGUUUCUUCAGUAAGUGGCAGGUUAACCCUUAGGUUAAGUUUGUUAUGGUGUUAUGGUAUGUUGGUCAGGGAGCUCCUGGUUUUGAUGCCUGACCUACAAAGUAUGUGGCCAUGUGCUGUCAGUGACUCAUGAACAGUCCUAUAAUUGUCCUGUGGCAAGGAGUGUAGAUGCACCCUCGAUACUUCCAUGGAUGGCUCACCUGGCCCUUCCUCCCACUCAAUCUUCACUCUGUGCCUCCAUAUCAUAACAUGCACAAAGACAACCCUCCCCUCCACCACCCAAACACUCACCUUUGUCGGUAGAACCUUCUCACCAGCAGAAAUUAUUCCAAAGAACUGCAGCUCACCUCAGUAGAGAUAAGAAGGGAGGAGAAUGAGUUCCAGCAGUUGGAAAGAGCCAGAAGCUGCAGGUGGAAGUGUGAGCUGCACUGAUACUACCUGCUACCUUGUGAAGUGGUUUGAUUUUUAAGCUCAGCCAAAGCUAGUAAGCAACUUACUUUCUGGUUAGUUGUUUUACUUCUGUUACCAAUAAGGUUGAAAAGCCUUUCUUUUAAUGUGUAACUGCAGAGAGUAUCUCUGUAUCAAUGGAAAUUGCCUUGUAGACAGUUUUACUGCACUUUUGCAUUACUUGUAAACUGGAAGCGGGGAUCAAAUCAUAAAAGAUUAUAUAUUUGUAGUGUGUUGCAUAAUCUUUGACCUUGCCUCUUUGCUUGCACUUGUGUGAACAAGGAAUUAAACUUGUGUAUUUAAUUAUUUACAUUCCGUAGGUUCAGAUGAAGUACUUAUCCCUUUUAUCUGACCCUUCUAGAAUCCCAACAGUACAGCCAUCUCAUCGUUGCUUUUUAUAGGCACACAUUAUAUCUGUUUAACAUGUAUUGAACUAUAUAUAUUUUUAAAAACAAAUAAUGAAAAAUCAAAUUUAGGACAAUUAUGUUUUAAGAUCAGUGGGACAGAUGUUGAAUUUGAACAUAAUAGCAAUAAGCACAUCUAAUCUGAGACCAAAAAAUGUACUGCAGAUUAUAUAUACACAUUUUAUAUCCUUAAUAUUUUCCAUCACCAGUAAUCUUCCUUAAAUUGACAGCCUGUUGGUUGAUCUGCUGUUGAUGACACCACUGCUGUAACAGGUUCCCUGUGACUAAUUCAGGAGCCAUUGUGUAUAUUGUUUGCCCUCUUCGAAUUGGGUCCUCGCCAUUACCCUGGCCUUCCAUGGUGAGUAGGGCAUCAUAUACUAAGGCUAUGGAGGCCAGAAAGGAAGGAAGGGGUCAAGGCUGGUUUGCUCCCUGAAUUAGCCUGGGUCGAGCUUCUCCUGUUUUAUUUAUGCUCUUCCCUGCUGCCUCUGCCCCUGUGCCAUUAGCACUGCCAAAACUAGUAGCUUUGUGUUGAAUCGUGGUAUGAGCCUACAUCCUAUCACAGAAUAGCAACAUGCAUUGUAGAUUUUGGCACAGCACAGCGUCCCAUUGAUGUAAAAUAAGAGAUGUUGAAUUGAUUUAUCCAGGUUAUUUAACCAAGUGAAGCUCGUGUAUCCAAAGAUAUUUUUGUAGCAUUUAUCUUUACAUCUUAAAUGCUUAAUACCUCAAAAGUAAAUUAUUAUUGAAGUUUUUAUUAGAAUGAAGGCUUUCCUUUAGGGAGUAUUUUAAAUUUCUUAGUUAGUAAAUUUACUAGAGAAUGUGUGACAAUUAUUUUCUUUACCCAGCCUCAAAGUCAAAUCCAACAAUAACCAACAUCUACAGUUGGUUAUCUACAUACCCAACUGUAGAUGUGUUAUGUUCAGUCCAGCUAUUACGUAGUGAGCACAGUCCAUCCUGUCGCCUGACCUGAACAUACUCCAAAUUGCAGCAAAUGUAUUGCCAGAUUUCACACCUAAGGGGAUCUCGUAAUUAUUGUAGCACAAGCCUAGUUUUUCAAAGGGUUUUCAAGAACUGCAGCUCUUCAGGAGCUCUUCGGCAGACUGAUAAUACCCACUGGUCAAGGCGAGGUCUACAUAAUUGCAUGUGUUCACUUUUUGAAGCUUUAUUGCACUAACUAAAUGCACUGCAGCUACUCUAUGAAUAAGUUAAUUUGUACAGUAAAUGGGAUUUUUUUCAAUGUAGUGGAUGUUUGUAAAUUUGUUCUAAAUCCAUGCACUGGGUUUAAUUCAUCCAUCUACAUUGAGAAUUUCUUUAAGGACAUGUCGAUAAUUUGGGUGAAUCCACCUGGUCAGGGAUAACAUUGCAGUCUAGCCUUUGUUUAAACUAUUCACAGGGUAGCUAGCAUGCUACUCUUCAAACUCUUUGCCUUAAUCCAUAUGUUCAUAACUUGUAUCCACGUUGUAUUCCAAAUGGUGCCACGGUUUAGCUGUUUGAUUUCCUUUCCUCACCUCCACCAAAAACCUAUCUCACAUCACUUGGCUCACUAGAUACAAGUUUAAUUACAAUGAAUGCUUGAAUUGCAAAGCUCCCCCAACUCUGUACGAUCUUAAGAGGGAUGUUUAAUGGAACGAUACUCAAUCAUUCAGAAUACAGUGAAGCUCUGAAAUGUCUUUACAAUCUGCUCUAUAUUGGAACAUUUAAGAAGUUGACCCUGCAGAAAGCAGUUGUGGUGUCGACGUAUAUGGUUGAAAGUGCAUUUGGGUAAAUCUGCGACGAGGCAAAUGUGGUAACAUUUUUCGGUUUUUGUUGGGAGGGAGUUGACACAUUUGGCUUCCAAUCACUGCACGAUACAAAACAUUCGUGGCAUUAUCCAAGCUGCAUUGUGAUUUAUGCUUGGCUGUAGAUUUACUCUUCUGCAUGCAGCUUGCCUGUUUAGAAAGAUUCUGCAGUGAAUUUAUUGACACCAGAAACUCUGCACUUUUUAAGCCACGCUACAUUAGUAUUGUAUUCCAAAUGGUUCCACGGUUUAGCUGUUUGAUUUCCUUUCCUCACCUCCACCAAAAACCUAUCUCACAUCACUUGGCUCACUAGAGCUCCCAAAUUUGUAGUUCCCUGGAUUUAUUAAUGCUGCUCUACUCAGUAUAACUACAGUCUUCAUAUCAGGCAGUUUCUCGACCUGGGUUUCUUCAGCAAUCAACUGGGGCUUCUCAUUCUUUCUGAAGGUGGAGAGAGGACUAGGGAGGGGUUUGGUAUUGCUGGGGAGGAGUGUUGCUAUAAUCUCAAAUUCGCUGCUGUCAUGGGGCAGUCAAAUCACGUCUUGAAAUAGAAGGGGGCUAAUUAAUUCCAUUCUCUGCCCAUAGCCACCUUGAUGUAAUGUGCCUAUAGACAAGUUCAAUGGAUUUAAUUGUAUUGUGUACACAAUUUAUCUGGAUGGCAAAAGUCAAUGUAAAUAUUUCAUCUUUAGUAGUCAUAGCCGGAGUUUUUUGUAUGUGCAUUUAGUAAUUACAGUCCUACUUGAGUGGUUUAUGUGCUAUGUGUGUAAUCUGCAAAAGAAGUAAUAAAUUUGUCCUUUCGUUA